GGCCGCGCUGCACGCCGGGACGGGCCGAGGAACGGCCGGGCCGGGCCCCGCUCCCCCGCGCCGCCCCGCCCCCGCUCCGCUUGUCCCGCAGGAUGGCGGAGAGACCGGAGGAUCUGAACCUGCCUAACGCCGUCAUCACCCGCAUCAUCAAGGAGGCGCUUCCCGAUGGAGUAAACAUUUCCAAAGAAGCUCGGAGCGCAAUAUCUCGAGCGGCAAGUGUGUUUGUCCUUUAUGCAACAUCAUGUGCAAAUAACUUUGCCAUGAAGGGGAAGAGGAAAACACUGAAUGCUGGCGAUGUUCUCUCUGCCAUGGAGGAAAUGGAGUUUCAGCGAUUUGUAGCCCCUUUGAAAGAAUCACUGGAAGUUUACAGGCGUGAACAGAAAGGAAAGAAAGAAGCCAGGAAAGAUAAAGACAAGAAGGCAGACUCAGAGGAGCAAGAUAAGAGUCGAGAGGAAGAGAAUGAUGAUGAUGAUGAAAGGAUGGAGGAAGAAGAGCAAAAUGAUGAGGAAGAAGUGGACAACUGAGCUUGCCGAUGAGACGUGCAGGGGCUGGGUUUUGUUCAGAGGGAUAUAAAUGCUGUAAAUCAACCUUGCUGUGUCCCCUCUUGUUUCCAGUAGAGCUUUGUACUGUUCCUCUGUGGCCUCUCCCUUUGUGGCUUUAACUUGUACAUAAAAGACUUCUGCUCAAGCUUUUCUGGUGGAAGGAUUGCUUCUCCCUGUGCACAGGGGGCUUGGCACCCUCCCCAGGUUCUGAGCAGACAGUAGUGGGACUGGGCUUUUUAUGUGGGGUUGGCUCUUAAAUAGAGGAAAAGAGAAAUGUCAGAUGCUCAGUACAGAAGCUGGCCAGGAGAACUUGAGAGACUGUUGAAUAUUUUCCUUAAACCAAGUCAGGUGAAUCAAUAGGUCAUUAACCCUUCAGGGUUUAGAAUAUACAUGAUGUCAGGAGGCUUGGAACCUGAAUAUUUAAGCUUUUUAACCAAGUGACUUGGUUUUUUUCUUUAUUUUCUUGCAUUCUGGCAGUGCCUUCUCUUCCUGCUGUAACUGUGACAGUGAUACUGUGUCUUUCAACCUUACCAGUCAUGUGCAGCAAUACAGGACAGCUGUACAAGGACCAGUGUCUUUAAAGCCCUGGGAGACCACGAGGAAUUUUAUUAAAAAUCUGAAGCAAAAUGAAUGGCUAAUUUGAGGUGAAAAAGGGCAGCUGUAUCGCGUGGUACAUUUGUUGCAGGUCAGCGGUGGGCACCAGUGGUCUCGCCUCCUUUUCCUCCUCUGCAGAGCUGCAGUUCCUGCAGACAGGUUGGCGAUUGCAGCAAGUUUAAAUGUGGUAGAAUAGUGGUGAUUCUCAUUUUUUUUUUUUAUUUCCCAAUUGGAUUGCACUAAUUACAUCAAAGGUCCCUCUUUAGCCUCCAACAGUCAUUCCAGAGGUGCAGCCGCCUCCCAGUGUGACCAGCUCCGGGAGGGCAGGGCACUCCCACCAAGGAGGGCCAGCCUCGGACCUGAGUUUUUUAAAAUGGCUCCUUCAAGAAAGAUGGAUUGAUGAAACAAGCUGUUUGUAUUCUUAGUACUCGUAUAGGUUUGUUCUUUUAUACUUGAACUGUUAGUUUUGAUGCCUUUCUUUUCUCUGAGAAAGUAUGUUAGAAUAAGCUCUUUUUUGAGGAAAAAUGCUUCAUUGUUUGAUCUUGAAGGCUAAUAAACCCAAUAUUUGAAAGUAACUGAAGUCUGGUGAAGGAAACUUGAGGAAAGUUUUAGGUACCUUUAAGUAAAACCCACGAGUUUUGCUCAUGUGCAGUUUUGAAAUAACAUGUGAUGAAUAGUAUGUCCUUUUUGCCAAAAAAUUGAUGCAGAGCUACCCUGCCUUUAUGGUUUUAUGGCACAAUGGCUUUUCACACACAAGCCCAGCUCCUGAAAAGAACUGAAUCAAAGAUAUUCUGCUCUCUACUUUCUACUGGCAGGCAGUCAGCAACAGAUGAAAAGAAUGAGUUGACGAUGUCUUCCCAAGAUCUACAAUAACAAAGGCGGCCUUCCUUUUAGCUCUUUUUCCUCUUCCAUUUUUUUUAUUAUUAUUUUUUUGCUGGUUUAGUACAUAUCUGGGUGUAUAUUCUAGAAGGGAACAAUGUCUAAAUAAAAGCCAGAUUUUUUACAGAA